AUGUCUCGCCCUCACAUUCGUGAUAUGGAUCGGGAACUUGCAAAUUCGGAGCUUGGUACCGAAUUCAGACCCUUAGAAGUCCCCUCUACCCGACCAAGACAGUAUUACGAUAUUAGUAUGUUCCAAGAUGAUGCCGACGCAGAGUUUAACUCGGUCGAGAUUCCACCAACUUUCGCUGGCUCUCAAAGCUUUACCAAUUCGCAGAUCACCAUUGAAGAGCAAUACUCAAGAGAUCCUAGUCUUGGUAUGGGGUAUCAUGCUUCGCGGCCUAGCACAGCUGGUCCAUAUCAAGCAGCUUUCCUCCCAUCUAGAAGGCAAGGCCGCUCUAUAGCAAACCCGCAUUUGGGACAACAGGCGAGACUUCAAGAACCAAUGCGACCACCAAGUCGGCUUACCAUAGGACCACGAACUCCUCCAAGGCUCUCAACAUCCCAGACGGACUCAACAAGCCAUAUGAAAGAUUCUGGAACGGGCACAACCUCUUCAGUGAACCAACCAGUAUCCUUUUUUGACCGCUUCAAACAUCAUUCCCAAAUAAAUGAGCCAAGAACUCCAGUCCGAGUUGCACAGAAGCAGGCACGGCAUUCAAGUUCAUCUGAUGAAUUUGAACUUGAAUCUAGUCCUACGAGAUCUGCCAUGCCUCCGCCAUCCCGUCAAGGGACAAUAAGCUAUGAUUUCCAUAGAUCCGGCCGUAGUUUACCUGUCUCUUCACAACAUGCCCAUCUUCCGCAGUCCCGCCAAGGGACAACGGGUUAUGGUUUCAAUAAAUCCGGCAGUACUUUGCCUGUCCUCCCACAAUAUGCUCCACUUCGUCCCCCUCCUGUCACGUCACCACGGGAGAAUCCGUUGAAUACAUUGCUCAAGAAGUCAAAUCAUCAUGCCCGCACACAACUUCAACCUAUAGAGGACAUCGAAGAAACACUCGCACUGACACAGCAUGAGCAAACCUAUUCACCUCGUCAAGUCUUAUCCCUUUCCCAUGCCCCAACGAUGGCACAAGGAAUACAACUAAUCCCGAUAUAUUCUCUUCCUAAAAAAUACCACACAGUCUUCCCAUAUAAGCUGUUCAAUGCCACCCAGUCAAAAUGCUUCGAUGCAGUCUUCAACUCGAAUACUAACAUAGUCCUAAGUUCCCCAACGGGUAGUGGGAAAACAGUAGUAAUGGAGCUCGCAAUAUGUCGUUUGAUGGAAACCUUUGAGCCUGGUACCUUUAAAAUUAUUUAUCAAGCACCAACGAAAGCUCUGUGUGCCGAAAGAAAACGGGACUGGGAAAAGAAGUUUGCGUCGCUGGGAUUGAAGUGUACCGAGUUGACGGGCGAUACACAAUUCAACCAGUUAGCGGAAGUGAAAAAUGGAGAUUUGAUCGUUACGACGCCGGAGAAGUGGGAUUCCGUGACAAGGAGAUGGGCGGAUCACAAGAAGCUUUUGGGAUUGGUGAGGUUGUUCCUGAUCGACGAGGUUCAUAUCCUCAAAGAAGAUCGAGGUGCAACCCUUGAAGUAGUCGUCAGCCGAAUGAAGACAAUCGGCUCCAGAGUUCGCUUCGUCGCUCUUAGUGCCACUGUCCCAAACUCCAAGGAUAUAGCAACAUGGCUAGGUAAAGAUUGCGACAAUCCAAGUGUUCCAGCCCAUGAGGAGCGUCUCGGCGAGGAAUUCCGGCCAGUAAAGCUCGAGAAAGUAGUAUACGGCUACCAGGCGAAUUCAAACGAUUUUGUUUUCGACAAGUUUCUAGACCAGAAGCUGUAUGAAGUCAUUCAAAAACACUCACAAAGGAAGCCCGUCAUGGUAUUCUGUGCUACAAGGAAUAUAUGUGUAUCGACGGCGAAGAUUUUGGCCGAGAAGUGGAGUAGUACGAGUGGGAUGGAAAAGCCUUGGCCUGCACCACUCACAAACUUCUCACUGAGAGAUAGGGACUUGCAAUUAGCGGGGAGGUCUGGCGUGGCUUUUCAUCACGCGGGUCUUGAGGCAACGGAUCGAACUCUCAUUGAGAAAUUGUUUCUAGAGGGUCACCUCUCUGUUAUCUGCUGCACCUCGACUCUAGCCGUUGGCGUCAAUCUACCGACACAUUUAGUCGUUAUUAAGAAUACUGUUAGCUGGCAAGGCUGUCAAAUGCGCGAAUAUCUCGACCUCGAGGUCAUGCAGAUGGUAGGCCGGGCUGGACGCCCACAGUUUGAUACGACGGGUGUAGCGGUUAUUAUGACGAGGAAAGACAAGAAAGAUAAAUAUGAGCGUAUGAUAUCUGGAACAGAGAAGUUGGAAAGUUGCCUUCAUCUCAAUCUUAUAGAGCAUCUGAAUGCGGAAAUAGGCCUUGGAACAAUCACGGAUAUCGAAUCAGCAAAGCAAUGGCUUAGCUCGACGUUUUUGUAUAUACGCAUGAAAUCGAAUCCAGCUUACUAUAAUUUCAAAUUCGAAAACAUCGAAUCUGAAGUCGAAAGCAUUAUGGAAAGGGACAUUGACUCUCUCUCGGAAGCGGGUUUUGUCGAGUGGCAGCAAACGAAACUUAAGUGCCUUGAACCCGGCGAUGCUAUGGCGAGGUAUUACAUCAAGUUCAGGACUAUGAAGAAUAUUAUGGAAUUGAAAGAGAAAGCAAAGGUCUCUGAGAUCUUGACAUGCCUCUCCGAAGCUGAGGAGUUCAAGGAAUUUAGGAUUCGGUCCGGAGAGAAGGGAGUAUUGAAAGAAAUCAAUGGCUCGCCAAGUAUGAAAUGGUCUAUUAAAGGCGAUAUUAAUAGUCCUGCGCAUAAAGCCUAUAUUUUAAUUCAGUUUGAAAUCGGCUGUAUGGAAUUCCCUACAACUGAAGGCCUUCAAAAGUACCGGGCGACUCUCUUCCAAGAUAAAUCUCUAAUCUUCCAACAUCUACACCGUCUCGUAAGAAGCAUUUGUGAUAUCAAGCUUUUUCUUCGAGACUCGAUCAGCUGUCGAAAUGCUCUAGAGCUAUCAAGAUGCAUCGAAGCAAAAGUCUGGGAGAAUUCCCCGUCAAUGUUGCUCCAGCUCGAAGGACUUGGCACCGUCGGCGUCAGGAAAUUUGUUAAUAACGACAUCAAAACCAUUGAUCAACUUGACGCAUUGGAAGCCCACAAGAUCGAGAUGAUUGCGAGCCGAAAUCCACCAUAUGGUGCUAAACUUAAGCAAGAUAUUGCGGGGAUACCGAGGUUCAGACUAUAUACGCAGGUUACAAAGGUCCAAGCAAAUCGAAAGGAUCCGGUCAAGAUCAACUUUAGAGCCGAGAUUGGGGUUCUGAAUGAGCAGACACCAGCGAAGUGGCACGGGAAGUUGCUUCAUUUAUAUUUUUUGGUUGAAAGGUCCGAUGGUUACUUGGUUGACUUUCGUCGAAUGCCAAUCUUGAAACUAGCCUCGAAUAAAGACGUCAUGGUUCAAGCGGAGCUUACGGAACCUGGACAAGUAAUAAAUUGCUACAUUGCCUGUGAAGAAAUUGUGAACACCUCGAAGAGCAUCGCAGUGGAGUUUGAGGUCCAGGAUUCCCAAUUUCCUCCAACUAAGAAAGAAGGCCCUAUGUCGGCGUUCCUCAAAAAGAGAGCUACUAUGGCCACUCAAAAUCAAGAAGUUAUCGAUCUUACCGAAAAGCAGGGGCCCAUCGUCAACAAGUCGUUUAAACCACCCGGUCGAGAACGGAAUAGGGCUUCUAAAGAUGAGAUUGAUGAAUUUGAAGAUGAAGAGUUCGAAAAAGAGUUAUUAGAAUUGGAUGCUAUCAGCGGGAAUCUGGGCGCCAAUACUAAUAUACAACGAACUACUACAAGUCAGCCUCCGAUAGGCAGCCAACAGAAGCCGAAACCUAUGCCGCCACCGUCAUGGACGCCGAUAAACAACAAGGAACCUCAAUCAUUCUCAAUCAACCAUGGCUCCGAAGACGACCUCCAACCGCCUCUGGAAGAAGAGGAUCCUGAGGAAUCAAAUGAACCAAAACAACGACUUGAUGGUAAAUGGGAUUGUAAUCAUCGAUGUGCUGACAAGUCUGUUUGCAGACAUCUCUGCUGCAGGGAAGGAUUGGAUAAAAGGCCGAAGCUAAAAAAGAAAGCAGCUCUGAAAACUAGUAGUGCCACCAAGCCUAUAGGCUCAAUACAGUCAACUCCUGCAAAGACAAAGGGUACCGAGUCCGGAAGCAAGACCAAGUCUUCUCAGAAACAAAUUUCAAAGGAGCUCCCUCAAUCGAAAAGUUCUCACUGCCCUCUUCGGAAACGGGUAUCUGAUCUUGUCAGUGAAGCAACAUCGGGUGCCUCGACUGUGUUUAUAGAUCUUUCGAAGGAUGACGAUUCGCCCUCUUCUUCAUUUAAGGGAAACGGUGCCGAUUCUGUACGAAGACUAAACGAACUUCAUGCCAAAUGUCAAAAAAACAAAUCCAUCAAGAUACCUAAGCUUCCAAACCCGACAUCUUUAUAUAAUUCUACAGAGAAGCCACAAGUUCCACAGAAGCGAUCAGCGAUAUCGGAUGAACUUGAAGCGCUAUUGGAAGAUGACGAGGAUUUUCCGACAAUCUCAGAGCUUAUGGAGGAGGUGAGGAUGAAAGAUGGCUCUAUAAAUAAGGGGAAAGGGAAAGAAACAAUAGAGGAUCUAGAAGAGGGGUUCUAUGGACUGAAUGAUGGUUUGUUAGACAGUCUUGAUGUCUAUGCUGUGGAUACGCCAGAGAAGAAUUCAAAAAUGGAGGAUAAAAAAGACGAGAGGUCGAUGUUUGAUAUUCCGGAGCAUACUCUACUGAAGGAAGAUAUGAGAAAGAGGCCCAAAAUGACUGCUCCACAGAGUUCGGGUACUGACGGUAAGGCGGUACACGAGAUAUCCUCUGAAACACUACCUUCUUCGCCGCCCCCAUCAUCUAUGAAACGAACUCAAGAGACGUUGGUACCUUCGGGACCGGCUAAACCAGCUAAAAGAGUCAGAUUCGACGAUGAAGUCCUUCAAGACAUUUCAAACAGACCCUCAAGCAAACAAAAUUGUAAUCCUGUCUUUAUCACAACCUCGGAAUCUAACUCCGAAGCUGGUCAUGAACAGGGAGGCAUAGGCGAUAAAAUGAACAACCCGGAGAUGUCAAUGCCACCACGACAUGAGAGAAAUGAAGAGGGAUUUAAUGAACUCGAGCAAGAGAUUAUGGACUUUUUGGGGGACUGCGUAGUUUUUGUUUAA